AUGGCAAAUCCUGAGGCCACGCCCCCCUUGGCCAUAGGCUCCGCCUCUCCAUCAGCUCAACAUUCCCUUUCUUUGUUCAACGUUCCCUUAUUUGGCUGGGUUUUGGUUGAGCCGAGUCGUGUGACCCGGCUGUGCGACUCGGCUAAAUUGAAGUUAGCCGCGUCGCAAAGCCUAUAAAAGGUUUGCGACCCGGCUAAUUUUGAAAGUUUCUUUUCUCAAGAAAAAUUUAUCUAUUCAGCGAAGUUUUGUGACUCGGCUAUGCGACUCGGCUAAAAUAAGGUUAGCCGCAUCGCAAGCCAGAAAAGUCAAGCGACUCGGCUUAACUGAAAAAGUUCCAUCCUGUCUUUCAUUCUUUUGUUGAUUUUCUGAGUUCUAACCAAAAAAAAUGUUCUGUGACUCGGCUAAGGCUCCGACAGCCGCGUCGCACUGUUUGAAAACUUUUUUUGCGACCCGGCUAAACUUCAAAAGUGUUUCCUAUGCUUCAAGUAGAAGCUGCAAAAAAUAUUUUGACUUUUAAGGCGUGACUCGGCAAAGCGACUCGGCUAAACUGAAGGUACCCGCGUCGCAGAGCUAGAAAAAGCUAUGCGACUCGGCUAAAUUUGAGCGGUUUUGAUUUUCCUAACUGAAAACUGCUCAUUAUUUCUCUUGAUUUUUUUCUCGAUUUUUUUUUCUCAGCCGAGUCGCUUGGGUUUGCGACCCGGCUAAACCCUUGCUCUUUUCGAAAUCCCCUCCAUAGCCCUCAAUUAUUUCAAAAUUAGGCGAGUUUCGAAAUCUUUGAGCUUUUCCUUCAGGGGCUUCUCUCCACCCUCACAUUGCUUUUUUCUCGUUUUUUAAUCCUGCCCUAUUUCAUUACUCAUGCUUUUUCCUUCCGACCAAUUAAAAUGAUUCAGUCAGAACCUCGAAAUGGACCCACAAGGAAACGCGAUCCCAACCCAGACAGCUGGAAAUUCCGAUGUUCCGCCAGGACAGCAGACUACGAAAAAUCGGCUGGAUGAGAUCAAAGAACAGGUCAACAAUGUCACAGCGGUUCGUUUUUUAAUUUUUGGGGGUAAGAGGGAGAAGGGGCGGCGGGGGGAACACGGUGAAAAAAAUACGAAUUUUUCAAGUUUUUGAUCAGGUUUUGAUCAAAAAAAGUUAUCUUCUUUGUUCUAAAAAAAGCUCAAUUCUGCUUCGAAAUCCGAAAAAGGUUUUUUUAAACCUCUAGCUGCAAUUUAAAGCUCAAAAAAACUGAAGUUGCACGAAUCUCGAUUUUUGAAAAAUUCCAAUUUUUUUCAUUUAUUCUUGAACGAUUCUUUAAAGUUUUGACUCAAAGGUUCAAAAAAUUUCCCUUUUUGAAAAAAUCAGAAGCUCAAUUCUCCUCCAAUUUCGAAAAUAUAAGAAUUACGAAUCUUAAAGCUCAAAAAGUAGAGUUUAAAAAAAUUAAUUUUAAAAAAUUGAAUCAUCAGAAAUAUUUUUUUGAAAGAUUUUUCUUUUUCGUCUUAGAAUAACCAGUAGCUCAACUUUCCCUAAAUCAGAAAAAAAAAAAAAUUACAAAUCUCAAGACUGAAAGCUCAAGAAGCUGCGAUUGGAAGCUCAAAAAUUGAAGAUGUCAAAGUUUUUAUACUCAAAAAGUAUUGCUUUAAUUUUUAGAAGAGCUUCUUUCAGUUCAAAAAUAACCUAGAACUCAAUUUUUAUUCUCAGAAAUAAGAUGACCGAUUGAACAUCUAGCUUUUUGAAGCAUCAAAACUACAAUUUCUUUUUUUCGCUCUGAUUUCUCAGACUCUUAUAAAAAAACAAGUUUAUUUAUUAAUACUCUUAGCCUUCUUUUUGCAGGUCGUCGCCGAAAACAUCGAUAAGCUGAUGGAGAGAGAUUUCCGAUUGCAGAGCAUCAAACGUCGGAGCGAAGAUCUCAAGGCCGCCGUGCGUUUUUUUAAACUUUGAGCGAUGGAAUUUAAAACUUGGAAGGAAACACCGUGUUCAGUAGUGCUAGAAAAAUUAAGCUCUUGGCCUCUUAUCAGGAAAACUUAAUGAAAAGCUUAAGAAAAAAAACUUUUUCAAUUUUUUUCAAAAAAAUUUUUCUAGUAACUUUAUACAAACAAUCAGAAUAAACUUUUUUUCGAAAAAAACUCUAAAUUUCAAAAAAACUCAAAAAAAUCAUUGUUCUAUAGGGGUGAAAUUUUGGUGGUCCCUAUAGGGUUUCAGGGUCAUAAGUUCCUAAAGCUUCUGAGGGGUCCCUAUAGGGAGUAAAAAUAGGGCCCCAUUUAGGGGAAAAAAAUUCUUAGGGAUCCCAAUAGGGUUUCAGCCCCCCUAACAUAGGGAAUUUAUUGUUCAGUUUUAAAAAAAUUAAAAGAAAAAUUGAUCAAAUUAUUUUUCUGUCACAAAUCGCAUUCAUAAACGACUAUUUAUUGAUUUUUUGAGAAAAUGCUUCUUUAAGAGUCCUAACAAUAUGUCCCCUAGAGGGGCCACUUUCGCGAGCUUCAGUGCGCCUAUAGGGGGUUGAUAAAGUGGUUUCUUGAGGGGAGCCUUCAAGGCGCCCUAAGGUUGCCAUUACUUGGGAAUUUUUAUAGUGACCCCUAUAGGGGUUGGGCGAUGAACAGCCCCUGUAAAAAGUGGUCCCUAUAGGGGUCGAGGGUCCCUUAGCUCCUGAAGAUUAAGUGGUUCCUAUAGGGAUCUCUCAAUUUUAUUCAAAAAAACGCUUAUUUAUUUAUUUCUGUGCAUAAAAAAAUGCUUCACAAAGUUUACAUAGGGACCACUUUGGAGUUCAAGCUCAUUUAUCAGUAGUAAAUGCACAAAUCCUUGAUCAAAAUGAAGAUUUUCUCAAUAUCAACUUUAACUUCGAGCUUAAAUUUGCAAUAUAAUCAAAAAAAAAAGUUUCAAAUUAUUAUUAACCUUUUAAAAUGGUGAUUUUAGUCGGAAACCUUCCAUCUGACGGCUCGAAAGACACAAAACCGGCUCUGGUGGCAAGAUGUGCGAUGGUCCAUCGUUGCCGGUGUCGUUGGCGCCAUUUUCUUCCUCGUCCUUCUAUUUUUCAUCCUCAAAUCCACCGGAACCUUGCCCUGGAACUAA